UUUGAUCGCUGCGCUGGUCAGCACUAGGGAAAUACACUCCCAGGUGAGAUGUAAUGCAGAGGGAAAGGGAAGCGCAUUGUUGACAGGUGGACGGAAUUAUUUACCCGACAGCACAGAGCAGAGAUGGAUUUAAAUAAAACGGUGCUGUGUGAGAGCCUGAUUAUUUGGCUGCAGACUUUUAACACCGCAGCCUCUUGUAAGACAGUGGAGGAUCUGACCUCAGGGGUAGCCAUGUCUCAGGCUCUGCAUCAGAUAGAUCCUUCAUGGUUCAGUGAGAGCUGGCUGGCACGCAUUAAAGAGGAUGUUGGGGAUAACGUUAGACUCAAGAUUAACAACCUAAAAAAGAUCCUUCAGAUGAUUGUUGAUUAUUAUAAUGAGGUAUUGACCCAGCAGAUCUCAGAAUUCCCACUGCCUGACCUGAUGCGCGUUGUAGAGCACUCUGACCAAGUAGAGCUCGGGCGCCUUCUACAGCUCGUCCUGGGGUGUGCUGUCAAAUGUGACAGGAAACAAGAGUAUAUCCAGAUCAUCAUGACCUUAGAGGAAUCUGUACAGCAUGUAGUAAUGACUGCCAUCCAGGAGCUUAUGUUCAAGGAUAACGUUUCUCUGUUAGGAACAGAACCUUUAGGAGACAGUGAACAACAGUUAAAGAAAGCCUUAGAGGAUUUAAUUGAGGUGAUGGCAGAGAAAGAUGAGUUGGCACAACGCUGUCAGGAGCUCGACAUUCAGGUAACAAUGCUGCAGGAGGAAAGGAAUGGCCUACUGGCAGAAAAUGACCUCUUGACCGAUCGAGCCAAUCAGCUUGACACAUUUGAUGACCCCAGUACUCCAUCAGGGAGGAAGCACAGCCAGCUGCAGCUGCAAUUAGAGCAGCUUCAGGAAGAAAACUUCAGACUGGAGGCAGCUAAAGAUGAUUAUCGCAUCCAUUGUGAAGAGCUGGAGAAACAACUAGUGGAGCUACUGCAUAGGAAUGAUGACCUGACCAGCCUGGCUGAGGAGUCACGAUCGCUUAAAGAUGAAUUAGACAUAUUAAGGAGUUCCUCUGACCGGGCAGUAAAGCUAGAGGCUUCUGUUGAGACAUACAGGAAGAAGUUAGAAGAUCUGAGUGACCUCAGACGGCAGGUGAAAGUUCUGGAGGAGAAGAACAUGACCUACAUGCAGAAUACAGUCAGUCUUGAAGAGGAGCUACGCAAGGCCAAUGCUGCAAGAUCUCAGUUAGAGACAUACAAGAGACAGGUGCAGGAGCUUCAUGGAAAAUUGUCUGAGGAGUCUCGCAGGGCUGAUAACCUGGUGUUUGAGAUGAAGAAGUUUCAGGAGAAGUAUGACUCUGUACUGAAAGAGAAAGAGAGGAUCAGCACUGAGCGAGACACACUCAGAGAGAUCAAUGAGGAGCUGCGAUGUACACAAGCUCAACAGGACCAGCUAUUACAAGCUGGAAAAUAUCAAACAGAAAGUCCAACCCAUGUUAACCUAGCAGCUGAGAUGUUGCCCAUUGAGUACAGGGAGAAGUUCAUCCGUCUGCAGCAUGAGAAUAAAAUGUUGCACCUGCUACAGGAGGAGUCAGAGAAUGAGCGCAUGACUGAGCUGCAGGAGCAGCUGGAGGAGGCUCGCCGUGGACGCAGUGAGCUGGACACUGAGAACAGGUUAAACAGAGAGAGAAUCAGUGAGCUCCAGCAGCAGGUAGAGGAUCUGCAAAAGACAUUACAGACACAAGGAAUCAAACCUGAAGAUUCUCAUUUGAAAAGAAAGCUGGAUGCUCAUAUGGUGCAACUGAAUGAGGCACAAGAUGAAAUAAUGAAGAAGAAAGAGCUGUUGGCAGACCUUCAGCCAGAUGCUACUCAAACCAGUGUGAAGCUGGAUGAGCUGAUGGCAGUGUUGAAGAAGAAAGAUGAGGACAUGAGGGGGAUGGAGGAUCGAUACAAGAUGUACCUGGAGAAAGCUCGAGAUGUUAUUCGAGCUCUGGAUCCCAAGCUGAACCCAGCCUCAGCUGAAAUUCAGUCCCUGAAAAGUCAGCUCUCUGAGAAAGACAAGAGGAUCAUUGCUCUGGAGCGGGAGUGUGAUCAGGCCAAACUGAGGGAAUAUGAGGAGAAGUUAAUUGUUACAGCUUGGUAUAAUAAGAGUAUGAACUUCCAGAAGAUGGCAAUCGAGUCACGUCUCACUGGGCGGUCCAACUCUCUAGUGCCACCUGGCCAGUCUUUUCUGGCUCAGCAACGUCAGGUGACCAACGUCCGUCACGCAAUGUCCAUCAAUGUGCCUACCUCUUCUUCCAAGUAACAUCGGCCCCAGUAUAUCCCAGCUUCCGGCUCUAUUUCUCCUUUUCCUCACGAGCACACUCAAGUGACCUUAAGUAAACUUAAAACACAACAACACUUACACAAGGGGACAAGCAUGCCAUUAUGUGAACAUUAGCUUGUCCCCAUUUGCUCACUAGCUACAGUUACACUCCAUCAACAACACACACAUGUAUAAUAAUGUAGCCUACUGUACAUACUAAGUAUUUCAAGGGAUAGUUCACCCAACAAUUACAGUUUUGUCAUUAUUUACUCACCAUCAUGUUGUUCCAAAUUUGUAGGACUUUCUUCUCUAGAACACAAAAGGACAUGAUAGCUUCAGUCACCAUUCACUUUCAUUGUAUGAGAGAGAGAAAAAAAAUGCUUUGAAAGUGAAUGGUGACUGAGGUUAUCAGUCCCUAACAUUCUGCCUAACAUCUCCUUUUGUGUUCUACUGAAGAAAUAAAGACAUAUGGGUUUGGAACGACAUGGGGUUGAGUAAAUGAUGACUGAAUUUUCAUUUGUCAGUGAACUUUCUCUUUAAAUUUACUCAAGCACUCAAUCAGCUCACAUUAUGAUGUGCAAUCUUCAUUUUCAAUGAUAAACAAGCGACAAUAACACACUGACCUGAAACAAUUUGCAGCAAGGUCACUUUUGAACCAGCUUUGAUAAUAAAUCUGUCUGAAUUGAAGGGCUUCAAUGUGACAGGUCAGACUUUUUUCUCAGACUAUUCUCCGUGUCUCUGUGUGAUGACAGAAAUUCAUAAAGUCUGAAUCAGCAGGCCCUGCAACAGUAGCAUGGAUGCUUUUGUUCGAACUGGCUUCCAACGAUACACUAUGCAGUCAUGGAAUAUUUUUGUAAUUCCCUGUGUACAUAUAAUGCAGUGUAGGUAUGUACAAACUACACAUUCUGACUAAAAACAUGAGGUCGUCUGUCCUAAUUAAUCAAAAUCCAGCCAAGCAUGUUAAUCCGCCACAUGAAAGCUUUAUGUAAGCAGCUAUGUUUUUUUUUUAUUUGAUCAAAAACUGAUUGAUUAAUCUAAAUCCAGGUGCUUGAUCUUUACUCUGUUAAAAUGUUUUGUAUUCAUUUGACUGUGAUAGGACUCUUGCAUACUCUUUUAACAAGCAGAAGAGCCUUUUUUAGCUACUUAAUAUUUCUUGUCUGUGUGAAGAUAUCAGGGUUUAAACACCAGCGCAUAAUCAUAGUAGGCCAGCCAAGCUGUCUCUGUUAAAGCUAAAUGCUAUGCCAGCUUUGAAUGUCUUGUAUGCAUUAGCCUGUUUUGGCUUCACUCUUUAGGAAUACAUGUAUUACUUGUGAAACAUAGCUGCAUUGUACAUCUAAAAUGGCUUUGCUGUAUUUUGUAAAAAAUAACUGCACCUGAUUAGGUUGAUCUGACUGAACUAUUUGCCAAUACUCACUAUUCCGAAAAAAAAAAGACAGUUCUGUUUGUGUUGGAAUUUAUUAAAUAUUCUCUGUUUAUUUAAUGUUUUAAGUGGGAAGGUUUAUCUUUACAGUUCUGAUUUGUCUUUUUUCAUGUUUUUCUUGCCUGUUUUGGGUUCAAAUUAGUUUUUUUUAAAUAUGAUGUGUUUAAAAGAAAGAACUCCUUCAUUCGUGUACUCAAUUUUAUGAGCACUAUUAUUUGUGAGAGGUUAUGAUUAAUAAGAAUGGAUUCAUAAGGAAUUACAAUAAUUUAGAGAUUUAAAGAGCAAUGGGAGCCUUAAUUGUCAUGUGAUGAAUAAACAGUCUGAAAUUUG